AUUAGCUUUUGAAAUUCUUUUCAUUAUCUAAAGUUGAGGCCUCAAAGUUCCCAUUCUCACAGAGCAUCUAGCAAAUUGCCUGUGCCUUCCUAGUGUUUUUUUUUACUCCUCUCCUAUAUACGUAUCUCCUCAUGUUGAUGUAGUUCAAGUAGGUCUGCGAGACCCCUCAUUCGGCUUGGUGUUAAGUUUGAUUUCGAUACUUGCCAGACAAUCCCAAUGGAAUUUCAUUGUUGUGCUCGAUCGCCGUUCGAACCGUUCGCAUCGCACUUCCCUAAAACUAUUCCUCCGGACUUGAUGUGCUCCCCAGUGACUUCCUGCGCGAGCCCCAAGUGACUAGCCACACUUGCACUAAUUCUGUGAUCUCUGGUGAGGACGAACAGUGACUUGGCGAAUUUUUUUGGCGGGAAAAUCAAACUCCUCGCGAGCGCAGGGCUUGAGUGUGAAGGGACAAGAGUGUUGCGUUGCAAAUAAGGCUUUUUGCUCGCGAUCAUGCAGAUGACAAUGAACAUGCUGUGCCUGUGCGCGAUCCUGGCGAGUGUGCUGCUGGUGACGGUGGCCAGGGAAAUUGAUAUGCCACGCGACAGAGAUAUCGACACAGAUUUCCUGCACGAGCGGACGCGCCGCAAGCUGUGCGGAAAGAUGCUGUCCACGACUCUCGCCACCGUGUGCCAGAACGAGUACAACACCAUGCAGAAGAAGUCAUUUGAUGAUGACGACUACGCCUUCGCUGACCAGCCCCAAUCCAUUGACGAUUUGCCACUGAAGGUGCCCAAUUUCCCGCUCCUCAGCAGAAUGAUGAGCAACUCGAUGCGACCGGGACAAUUCAGGCGCUUCCGCAGGCAGGGCAUCAUCGAUGAGUGCUGCCGGAAGAGCUGUUCCAUGUCCGAACUGAGGGGCUACUGUGGCAGAUAAGCGCCCCAUCACGGCAGGAGCGCCACCCACACACACACACUGCUCAUAAGCUACCUUCUCUGUUGAAUCAAAAGAUAUCCGCUCUGUCAUAAUAUUAUUGUAUUUGUAUCAUCCUCAAAAUCUUUAUAUAACUAUUAUGUGUAGUAAUUUAAAUACAUAAUUAUUAUAAAUAAUUAAAAAAUACUUUACUCUCUAUCAAUUGUUAAUCAUUGAGGCAAAAAAAAAGAAAA